AUGACGAGCAUCCAUGAAACUCGUGCUGCGACGCUAGUGGAAUGGCUCGAACGUCUUGAGCAACAUCGAUAUAAUGAUGAUACUAUUACUACCUACAAAACUAAGAAGCAAUUGAUUGUUCAUUUAUUGGGUGCUGAUUAUCGUGAGGGCAAUACUGGAAGCGAGACUUUGACGGUCUUUGAAAGGUUCAUACAGCACGUAGCGACUCAGACGGACGUCACGUUACUUCAACUGGUGCUUGUAGGGCCCAAUGUAGCAAGAAAACUCCAUCUACAAGAGUUUCUACAAACGACGUAUAAAUCUAGUGAGAAUAUCGAUGAGGACGACAAUACGUUGUAUGUGGACAUUCAGUACUUUGUCGGUUGUUUUGAAGUCUACUUUAAAGACAAGACAUUCUACUGUCCACCGGACCUUGUCAUUUGCUUUAAUGCUGGUAUUUGGGGCUAUGAUGAGUGGCUACCAGCUAUUCAAUUGGUAUUAAGAGAGAUACAAGUGCCUUUGUUAGUCACGUCGUAUAAUCAAAAUGAAGCUGGAGAUGAUGAGGACGUACUGGAUGAAUUGAUGCCAUUUAAGUGGCUUUGGAGACCUGAAAAGAAUCCACGUGGAGCUUCUACACCUCGUGCCACGGACAAUGAAGAUGGAGUUAUCCUGAAGGAGAACAACUACUGGAUGUGUCUAACUGGCAGACCAUAG